UCCCCUAGAGACUAGUCAGUCAGUGAGUCCCUCUUUUUGGUUAACCACUUCAGCCUACCAAAAUGCCACUUCUGCUACUACUAUUACAUGUUGUCCUCUGAGCAAUCCAACCAUAACAACAAGAGACAUGCAUUUAUAUACCCAUCAUUUCAUCCAUGCUUUCUUUCAUUCCUCCACCACUACUAACAAGUUGAGCAAUUGAGAGAGUGCCCAGAAAUGAAGAGGUCUCCUAGUUAUUCUUGCUCUUCUUCCUCAUCUUCUUCAUCUUCCUCAUGUGCUGGCCCUGAAAUUCCAACCACCCAGAAACAAUCAGACAAACCCAAACCCAAACGCAGUAGAAAAACCCACAAGAACUCUGCAGAGAAAUGCCCAGACUCAGGCGGAAGAAGCUCAAUUUACAGAGGGGUCACCAGGCAUAGAUGGACUGGAAGGUAUGAAGCUCAUCUCUGGGAUAAGACUUCAUGGAAUGACAUUCAGAAAAAGAAAGGACGGCAAGUUUAUUUGGGGGCCUAUGAUAGUGAGGAUGCUGCUGCUCAUACAUAUGAUCUUGCUGCCCUUAAAUAUUGGGGUCCUGAAACCAUCCUCAAUUUCCCGCUGGAGACAUACACCAAGGAACUUGAUGAAAUGCAGAAGGUGUCCAAGGAAGAAUACUUGGCUUCAUUGCGCCGCCGGAGCAGUGGGUUUUCUAGAGGCGUUUCAAAGUAUCGUGGGGUGGCUAGGCAUCACCAUAAUGGGCGAUGGGAGGCGCGAAUUGGGAGAGUUUUCGGAAACAAGUAUUUGUACCUGGGAACUUACAACACACAAGAAGAGGCAGCAGCAGCAUAUGAUGUGGCAGCUAUAGAGUACAGAGGAGUAAAUGCAGUGACCAAUUUUGAUAUCAGCAACUACAUUGACAAACUCAAGAGUGUAGAACCACAAGAUCCACCUCCCAAUGUAGCACAAGAACAAGUGGAAGUAAAACAAGAAGUACAUCAAUUUCAACCACAGCCACAGGAACAACAAGAGCAACAACAGGAACAAGAGGAUGAGGAACAAAUAUUGGUCUCCCCCAACCUUCAGUAUCCACAUGUUGUGCCUUGCAUAGAAAGUAGUACUACUACAAUGCAGGAUGUCAUGGAUCCUACAAAUGAUCACCAGUUCCAGUUCAAUUGGAACUUUUUGGAGAAUCUUGUUCCAGUUCCUGACAUCCCACUGGAUAAUGAGCCCUCCGAGUUGCCAGACUUGUUUGGGGACUUGGGCUUUGAAGAAAAUUUUGAUUUGAUGUUUGGAGGUGCAAGUGAUGUCAAUUUGAGUGGCUUAUUGGACACUGAAGCUUGUGGGGUUCAAGCUGCUGUGCCAGAAAACUUGGACGAUAAUGGGUCUUUUCCUCCUUCUCCUUCUCCAUCUUCAACUACUACAUCGGUUUCUUGUAACUACUCUGUUUGAAGGUGUUGGCCAAUUUUGAGGCUUGUGGAUUGUUGGGGUUGGUCUAGUUUGUUGUGGGUGGGUUGGUAGGAGGCUGGGAAGAUGGAUAAUAUAUAUGUUUUGGUCUUUUUUGUAUCUUCGUUUUCUGUUAGAAAGAUAGAAAAUUUCUUUACUUUA